AUGGUUUACCAGCAGCACCAACAUUGUCGAUCACCUGCACCAGCAGUGUUUGCAUGCAGCACCAGCAAUGUCGAACACCUGCACGAGCAGUGUUUGCAUGCAGCACCAGCAGUGUCGAACACCUGCACGAGCAGUGUUUACCAGCAGCACCAACAUUGUCGAUCACCUGCACCAGCAGUGUCGCUCACCUGCACCAGCAGUGUCGCUCACCUGCACCAGCAGUGUCUACCAGCAGAACCAGCAGUGUCUACCAGCAAUACCAACAGUGUCGAACACCUGCAACAGCAGUGUUUACCAACAGCACCAGCAGUGUCGAACACCUGCGCCAGCAGUGUUUGCAUGCAGCACCAGCAGUGUCGAACACCUGCACUAGCAGUGUUUGCAUGCAGCACCUGCAGUGUUUACCAGCCGCACCAGCAGUGUCGAACACCUGCACGAGCAGUGUUUGCAUGCAGCACCAGCAGUGUCGAACCAGCAGUGCUUACCUACAGUGUUUACCAGCAGUGUCGAACACCUGCACGAGCAGUGUUUGCAUGCAGCACCAGCAGUGUUUACCUACAGUGUUUACCAGCAGUGUCGAACACCUGCACCAACAGUGUUUACCAGCUGCACCAGCAGUGUCUACCAACUGCAGUUUCGAAAAUUGCAGAACAGCACCUUUUCGUACAAAUGUAG